AUCUUGGGCUGUGUGGGGCCACGACCGCGGGCGGAAGGCACCCUUGUGUACCCCGCCGACUCCCGGCCCGCCGGCUUCGCCCAGCCCCGGCUCCUCAUGACCGCCUUCGGCCCCGCAGCCCACGGACAUCGCCCCAGCGCCGAGGAUUAACACGGAAGCACCUGGGGCCGGGGCUGUGAGGGAGAGCCGGCCGGUCCCGCGUCCCUGUCGGUCCGGCGCGGCGCUUCGGCCGGAGCCAUGACCUCGCUGACCCAGCGGAGCUCGGGCCUGGUGCAGCGGCGCACCGAGGCCUCCCGGAACGCUGCCGACAAGGAGCGGGCGGCGGGAGGCGGCGGCGGCAGCGGCGAGGACGAGGCGCAGAGCCGCCGCGACGAGCAGGACGACGACGACAAGGGCGACUCCAAGGAAACGCGGCUGACCCUGAUGGAGGAGGUGCUCCUGCUGGGCCUCAAGGACCGAGAGGUGCGGGCGGACGGGCGAGCCGGGCGGGGUGGCGGCGGGGGCGCGGGCUCCAGGUGGGUCCCGGUGGGCGCUGGCCGAGGCCGCACCUGCCCCUGGCUCGGGAACCCAGUGGGCCGGAGCGCCCAACUUGUCCCGAGGAGUGUGGGGGUCAGCCCCGUCCGGCGGGGCCCUGUGAUCUGUAAAUCGGAUGCUCCAACAGGGGACGUUCUUCUUGACGAAGCUCUAAAGCACGUUAAGGAGACUCAACCUCCAGAGACGGUCCAGAACUGGAUUGAGUUACUUAGUGGUGAGACAUGGAAUCCAUUAAAAUUGCACUAUCAGUUAAGAAAUGUACGUGAACGUUUAGCUAAAAACCUGGUAGAAAAAGGUGUACUGACGACAGAGAAACAGAACUUCCUCCUGUUUGACAUGACGACACAUCCUCUCACCAAUAACAACAUUAAGCAGCGCCUCAUCAAGAAGGUACAAGAAGCUGUUCUUGACAAAUGGGUAAAUGACCCUCACCGAAUGGACAAGCGCUUGCUGGCCCUCAUUUACCUAGCCCAUGCCUCAGAUGUUUUGGAGAAUGCCUUUGCUCCUCUUCUGGACGAGCAAUAUGAUUUAGCCACCAAGAGAGUACGGCAGCUUCUCGACUUAGACCCAGAAGUGGAGUGUCUGAAGGCCAAUACCAAUGAAGUCCUAUGGGCCGUGGUAGCUGCAUUUACCAAGUAACUGUCAGAAUGGAAUGUUUCCUUUUUCUCGUGAACCAGUAGUUUUUCUUCUAUUGACAUCUGGUUUCCUGUAGUUUGUACUUUCCCAUACUAAUAAUUGGCUUUUGUUCUACAAAAUUGUGGGUGGCAAUUUCUUUUUGUAUGUAUGCGGGAUUCUGCUGGUACGAGAGGCUUUCCUCUUUCUGUUUUUAACCAACCUUACUGCCAUAUUGGCACUCCAUUCCCUCUUGCCAUUCUCACUGUUACCUGGUUGGGUCUGCUGUACUCUGGCUUUCAGAGUACCUCCAGUCACCUCAUGCACAGCUUUUGGAUUACCUCAGCUUGUGUUUUCCCACCUGGCAUUCUGCCUACAAUUCAGACAAGUCACAACAAGGCCUUCAACUCACCAAAGGUAAAUAUCUGUAUCUAUUAGGACAUUUUAUACAUAGACCUCAGUUGAGAUGUAUACUUAGCAAAAUUAUUUUUAAAUUGAAACAGCACAGUAAAUAGGUAAUAUAAAAUGCCCCUUGGAUUUUGCUUCCUAUGUAAAUCUAUUGUGUGGUUACAUGUGUUAUAAUUUUAGCUAUUAAAUCAUAAAGGUCCAAUUGUUUCACAAAGCCAGUUUGAGAUGGGCUGCAUUCCACUUAUGCUGUAUAUAGUUCGGAUUACAUAUGAAUCGCCCCUUCUUCUGGCCACCUCUGCCUCGUCUUAGUAUUCUGCAAAAUUUAAUUGUGCACCUGGUGCCCUUCACUAGCUUCAUUGUUAUUUGGUGGCAAACUCGACCUCUCAUCGUUGAAGGAGAGAAAGAUGUGAUCUGUUCAGCUCUUUCUGAGCUGGGCCCCUCAUGUUACUCCUUUGUGACUUUUAAAUUCUUCCCAUUCUUAUGAUUUCUGAAGGAAAGAGGCUUGUGACUAGUACUAAUCUGGAGUACAGUUUUUUUUUUCUGUCCUUAAGUAAAUUAAUGUCUGCUCCAAAAUAUCAUUUAUCUACUCAUCCAUUCUUGGGAAAAGAAGAUCAGAUAUCAGUCCUAGCAGAUGUUGCAUGUAAAUUGAUAGCAAGUAAUGACUGCAACGCAGAUGAUUAAGACUUUUGUAACAGAAAGCUCUGCUAUAUUUUAAUUUUAUAUACAAUUAUGAUAAUUAGCACAUCGUAAGACUACAAACCUCUGCUUUUUAAUGUUGAUUUUAUUCUUUAUCACUGUUUAUGUACCAUUGGUUUCAUAAUGUAAAUACUAUACAUUGAACAAAUUAAAUGUCAAAUUUUUUAUUACCAUAGUUCAUGUUAAUAGUGGGGCUUUCAGGUGUCUAGAAGGUUUUGGUUAACAUUUGAUGCAAAAAUACUAGAUGUGUAUAACUUUAGAGUUGAAUUUUAAGGGACUCCCUAAUAUGUAUACUAUCUUUUUAUCUGAAGUAAUAAAUAAACUAUGAUCUUGAAAGUGCCUGAAUCACAA